GUCGACGACCUGUUUCAGUGACUACAAUGAUUUCACGCACGUAGAAAACUCCUGUAAAAUAGCCAAGACAUGGAUGACGUUCGAUGGCCCUGAAAUAAGGCAGGACGGCUGAGCUGUUGAUGUAGUGUGGUGGUCGGCAGUCGGAGGCGAAAGGCCGCAGCAGGUCACUUCCACCAGGGAUGGGAGCCGUGUGGACGGACAGCAAGGUUCCCAUACAGCAGAGCAGAAGCAGGGCACCCCUGGUGGGUCCUGAGGAGAGAAUGCUGCCAUGAAGCCCCCAGCCAGGCGCCCCCUGCCCACCCAGCCACCACGGGAGACACCGCUGAGAGAAAGAAAAGACUGGCCUAGAAGAGGAGAAAGUACUUACCAAUCACAAAUCCAUACCAUAGGACUCAUCAAUUGCAUUCCUAGAGGAAUUCCUUCCACGAAAACCUGUACAUGAGUGUUCAGAGCGGCAUUCCUCGUCAGAGCCAGUGAGAACAACUCAAAGGCCUAUCAGUUGAUGAUGGAUAAACAGAACGCGUUCUGCCCCUAUCGUGGCACAGUGUCCCACUAUGAACCAGAGUCAUGGGUUCCCAUGGAUUUCACCAAGCAGUGCCAGGAGCCCCUCCUGUGUGACCGGCAGUGGGCUCCAUGCUCUGAGGAUGGAGAGAAUAAGUCGAGAUUUCUUCCUCAAACUUGGCGGACGUGGCGGGAGCUGGUCCCCAGAGAGGAGGAGGCUGGGGGCCCCACGGAGGAGACCGUGGAGGACCUGCUGGGCCUGGUCUGCAGCCCCCAGUCGCCCUGGGCUCUGCUGGAAGGCUCCAGUGCUGAGGACCUGUUCCUGAGGCAGCUGGCCAUCCGGAAGCCCCAGAUGCUCAAAGAGGACUUCCUGUACUCCUACUUCAGGUCCCUCCAGGUGGUGGACAAAGAGGUGAGCCUGGUGGAUAAAGACCUCCUGAAAUUCCCAAAGCUUGAAGAGUUGGUACUGAGUGCCAAUCAAAUCAAGGAGAUCGAUGCCUUCAAUCUGCCACCAACUCUCAAGGUGCUGGAGCUCUACGGCAACAUCAUCACCAGCAUGAAGUGUCUGUGUGCUCACCCUCCACCAGGCCUCCAGCACUUGGGAUUGGGCCACAACAAGCUUCUGGGCCCCCUGCAAAGCAUGUACAUCACCUCCCAACACUGGCCCAACCUGGUGUCUCUGGACCUGGGCUUCAACGACCUGACAGACCUGCAGGGCAUGAUGGCCAGCCUCAGCACCCUGCAGCGCCUGCGGCUGCUGGUCCUGCAGGGCAACCCGCUGGCCCUGGUGCCCUACUACCGCGGCUUCACCAUCGACAGCCUGGCCCGGCUCUGCGUGCUGGACGACAUCACCGUGUCUUCCAGCGAGAAGCACCAGUUCCAGGGGCUCCGCUACAAAGCGGACGUCCUGGCGCGCGAGGCGCAGUUCGUGGUGACGAUCGGAAACAUCAGAGGGGUUCUGGACUCCUCGGUCCUGGACCCGGAGCCGGGGCCCCAGGGGCCCUUCAUCACCUACAGCUACUACGUGACCUACGACUUCGUGGAGGACGAGGAAGGCGAAGGGAGCGAAUACGGAGGGGUCCUGGCCGAGGGGGCACCCCAAUUUCUCCACCAGGCGAUGUCCCCCACCCCGCCUCCCAGCCCCGCAGCGCCCCCCGGGGGAGGCGGAGGGGUGUGGUUCACGCGGCGCAGACGGCUCCCUCGACGCCUGGGUGACCCCCACCCCCACCCCAGGACAGUCCUCUUCAGCACCGUCCGCAAGCCCUGGGCUGACGUCAUCCCCUGCAACUAUGAGAUGCAGCACACGCUCCGGGACCUGGUGCCGCUCAAGGCCUUCCUGCUGGCCGGGACGACCGUGACCAUCGUGGAGGAGAAGAUUCUCUCCUGGCCCAUGGUGCCACCUCCUGUCGACAGUUCCUCGCAUGCCAAGGGAAAAGGGGAGAAGGAGAAAGAGAAGAAAGAGAAAGAGGAGAAAGAGAAAGAGGAGAAAGACAAGAAAGGGAAAGAUGGGAAAGACAAGGCCGCCAAAGGGGAGAAAGAGAAGGAACAGAAGGGGACCAAGAAGAAGAGAGGGGUCUCUAAGGAGCUUCGCCAGGACCCCCCCAUCCUGCGGGUGCUGGGCAGCGGCCUGGUGGUCCUGGAGCCCCUGCUGGCGGGGGAUCCACUCGUGUCCACCCUGUGCACGUUUGGGGUGAUCCGCACCUUGGAAUCCGACAGGCUGACAUUUCUCAGGCUUUGGAGCCAGGGAAGGCCAAGAACAAGAUGCCAGCCUUGCCAGGUAAGGGCCUCUUCCUGGUUAACAGCCAGGCCCUUCUCAUGUGUCCUCACCUGGUGCAUGAAUUUUCUCAAUGAAAAAAAGUAUAAGGUAAGUACACUUGUCCAUGGAUUAGGAGAUUGAAUAUUAAGAUGUCGGAUUUUCUCAAAUUGAUCUGUAGAGUCAAUGCCAUUUCAGUCAUAAUCCUAGAGGGAUUAAAAAAAUAGAAAUCAGCAAUCUGAUUAUAAAAUGCAUAUGAAAAUGCAAAGGACAUAGGGUCGGCAAAACA